GGACACACACAGGGUGGGUGGGUGAGUGAGUGAGCGAGAGAGAGACCCAGCUGAAGGGAUAUGGUGUUUGUCUCCUGGGAUUUACAAACACACACAGCCUGUUCAGAUCACAAGGAGGUUUGUCUGUUUUGUCUGCACUACCUUGACCCGGAGCUGCACUGUCUGAGGAAACGCGAAAUUAAGCAGCACGAAUAGCAUCAGAGGCAUCAUUCUGCAUGGUGAUCUGAAAACCAGCGCACAAGGAAUAUGAACAGGAAAACAAGGCGUUGGAUUUUCCAUAUCUUUCUGAGCCUAGGGAUUGUGUAUAUCAAAAUUGGGGGCUUCUCCUCGGUGGUGGCUCUGGGGGCCAGCAUCAUUUGCAACAAGAUCCCGGGUCUGGCGCCCAGGCAGCGGGCCAUCUGUCAGAGCAGGCCCGAUGCGAUCAUAGUGAUCGGAGAAGGGUCUCAAAUGGGAAUCAACGAAUGCCAGUUUCAAUUCCGGAACGGACGCUGGAAUUGCUCUGCCCUGGGGGAAAGGACCGUCUUUGGGAAAGAGCUGAAAGUGGGUAGCAGAGAAGCAGCAUUCACAUAUGCCAUCAUUGCAGCUGGAGUAGCACAUGCAAUCACUGCUGCCUGUACCCAAGGAAACCUAAGCGACUGUGGCUGUGAUAAAGAAAAACAGGGACAGUACCAUAAAGACGAAGGAUGGAAAUGGGGAGGUUGUUCUGCUGACAUCAGAUAUGGAAUAGGAUUCGCCAAAGUGUUUGUGGAUGCAAGGGAGAUUAAGCAAAAUGCAAGGACUCUCAUGAACUUGCACAACAAUGAGGCGGGGCGUAAGAUUCUUGAAGAAAACAUGAAAUUGGAAUGCAAAUGCCAUGGCGUUUCAGGAUCUUGUACUACUAAGACAUGCUGGACAACCCUUCCUAAAUUCCGGGAACUGGGCUACAUCCUUAAGGACAAAUACAAUGAAGCUGUUCAGGUUGAACCAGUGAGGGCAAGUCGCAACAAGCGUCCAACCUUCCUUAAAAUCAAGAAGCCACUGUCCUACCGCAAACCCAUGGAUACAGAUUUAGUGUACAUAGAAAAAUCUCCAAACUACUGUGAAGAAGACCCUGUCACUGGCAGUGUGGGAACACAGGGCAGAAUGUGCAACAAAACAGCCCAGCAGUCCAAUGGCUGUGAUCUGAUGUGUUGCGGUCGAGGCUACAAUACUCAUCAGUACUCACGAGUGUGGCAGUGCAACUGUAAAUUUCACUGGUGCUGCUACGUAAAGUGUAAUACAUGCAGUGAAAGAACAGAAGUGUACACCUGUAAAUGAAAGUGUGACUGGGACGGGUGAUUCUAGAUCUCUAGGAAUGAAUACAUUUGCACAUGAGCUCAACAUACCUACACCAGACUGUAGCAAAGACCUACUUUUUUUCCAAAAGAAAAGCUAAUGAACGGAUCCGUCUUUUCCUUUCAUGCUUCAAUACUUAUAUGGAGACACAUUAAAGACUUGUCUACAUUAUCCAAAAAAAAAAAAAAAAAA